GACUUUGGAGAUGAUGGGUCCUUGUAUAUUACUAAGGUUACUACAACUCAUAUGGGCAAUUACACCUGCUAUGCAGAUGGCUAUGAACAAGUCUAUCAGACUCACAUCUUCCAAGUGAACGUUCCUCCAGUCAUCCGGGUGUAUCCAGAGAGUCAGGCUAGAGAACCUGGGGUGACUGCCAGUCUUAGGUGCCAUGCAGAGGGCAUACCAAGCCCUCAGCUUGGCUGGCUGAAGAAUGGAAAUGAUAUCACUCCAAAGCUGUCCAAACAACUCACGCUCCAAGCAAACGGCAGUGAGGUUCACAUAAGCAACGUGCGCUAUGAAGAUACAGGAGCGUACACUUGCAUCGCAAAGAAUGAAGCAGGAGUGGAUGAAGACAUCUCUUCUCUUUUUGUGGAAGAUUCUGCUAGAAAGACCC